CGCUGUCGGCGCCUCAGCACUCACUGCAGCCAGAGGCUCCGGACUGGGACUUUGACAUUUAGCGAGCCACUCGCAUUUUCGCUGUGGGAUUUUAAUCUGAGUUUCUCGCGUUGAGAAGAUGACAGCUAAAGUGGAGAGAUUGAUCGUUUUGUUUCUUGGGUUUCUGACAUUGGUAACAACCGAAAGUCGCAGCUCCAACGCUGGCCGGAAGAAAGGAAGAAAACACGGUGCAAUCGCCCUCCAACUGAACCAGGCUUCAAAUCCCAACUGUAACAUAGAAGUUGCUUUCAUCUUGGACAGUUCUGAAAGUGCCAAAAAUCUUUUUGAGAAAGAGAAACAAUUUGUAAUUGAAUUCACUGAAAAAGCUCUGCAGUCUGAACAGAUAGAGAACCAAGAUCUCAGCUGGAGAAUGGCUGUUCUAUCAUAUAGCAGCUCCGUCAAAAAGGACCACACUUUCCGGGACUGGCAAGGGUUUGAUAAGUUCAAGAGUCAUGUACAAUCCAUUAUUUACAUCGGCCAUGGCACAUAUACUUCCUAUGCUAUUGGAAAUGCUACUCAGCUCUUCCAGACUGAGGCAAAGCAGAACAGUGUGAAGAUAGCCAUUUUAAUGACUGAUGGGGUGGAUCAUCCCCACAAUCCAAACCUUCAAGAUGCUGUAGCCAAUGCUAGGAAAUAUGGCAUUUUCCUGUUUGCUAUUGGACCUCCACAUGUUACUGCAGAAUUGUCACCUGUGUCAAGCACUCCAUCAUCGCAAUUUGUCCACAGCAUAAACGACUCCAAUCUCACAGAUAAUAUUCUUCAUGAAAUGCUCAAAGUUGCCAAUCAAUCAUGCCCUAAACCAAAGCCAUGCAGCUGUGAAAGGGGGGAGAAAGGGGAGUCUGGAGCUCCUGGGAGAAGAGGAGAUCGAGGUAAAGAUGGAAGCCCUGGUGCAAAAGGUGUACAGGGACAACGUGGAUUAAAGGGAGAGCCUGGAAGUUCAGGUGAAAAGGGCACAGCUGGGUUCAAAGGACACAAGGGUGAAAAAGGUGAAUGUGGGAUCCCAGGAAUAAAAGGUGACCAUGGUCCUGAAGGACCACCAGGUCCAAGUGGAGAAAGAGGAGUGAUGGGACCGCCUGGACUGAUUGGCGAGCAGGGCACUGAGGGAAUCCAAGGUCCAAAGGGUGAUCGUGGCCUCACUGGUUUACGUGGACCAAUAGGAGACCCUGGGAUUGGAUACCCUGGCCCAAAGGGUGAAAAAGGUUCACAAGGAAGAUCUGGUCCCUCUGGACCUCCUGGGAUUGGAGAACCUGGAAUACCUGGUGCAGGGGAACAAGGUCCCUCAGGACCUCCUGGACCAAGAGGUUCAAGAGGAGAAGGUAUACCUGGUGCAAAGGGUGAUCCAGGAAUACCAGGAGCAGCAGGAAAUCCCGGACUCCCUGGUGACGCUGGACUAAAGGGAGCAAAGGGGGAUCAGGGAGUUCCAGGAUUACCAGGUACACCGGGAUUUGGCAUUAAAGGAGAUCCAGGAAAACCGGGUGAGCCCGGUCAAAGGGGACCCAACGGCUUUGUUGGACAUCCUGGACCAACUGGACCAGCUGGUGCUAAGGGAGAACCUGGGUUCCGUGGUGAGGUUGGUUUACCAGGGCCAGUGGGAAAAGGAUUUCCGGGAUCCAAGGGUGACCGAGGACCACCAGGACCUCAAGGAUCCAUUGGUAACCCAGGAGUUGGAUUAAUAGGACCCAAGGGUGUGCAAGGACUGCCAGGCCCACGUGGUGACCCAGGGGAAGAUGGCAAAGGACUUCCUGGAUCAAAGGGUGAUGUUGGCCCUCCAGGGCCAUCAGGGCCAAUUGGUGUUCCAGGAUUAGGAUAUACUGGUGCAAAGACCAAGUAUGCACUUACUCUGUCAAUGAAGGAAUACUCAAUUGAUGGCAGCCAGGAAAAUCUGAAAUCACUAGGCUUUUUUAGCUUCUUGCAUUUUUCUUUGUCUGAAAAUCUAAUACUUAACUCUCUUAUUUCAGGAUGUGGGAAGAAAUGCAAAGAAAAGCCUCUGGAACUGGUAUUUGUGAUUGACAGUUCUGAAAGUGUUGGGCCAGAAAACUUUGAUAUUGUUAAAGAGUUUGUCAAUGCCCUGAUAGAUCGAGUCAGUGAAAGCAGUGAAGCCACCCGGAUUGGUGUAAUACUUUACAGUCUUGAAGCACGAAUAAUUACUCACUUACAGCAAGGUGCGACUUUGGAAACUGUCAAGAGAACAAUUCAAAACAUGCCAUACUUAGGAGAAGGCACCUACACGGGUUCAGCCAUGAACAUGGCAAACCAGGUUUUCAAGUCAGCUCGAAAGGAUGUACACAAUGUGGCAAUAGUGAUAACUGAUGGGCAGACAGACAAAAGAGAUCCAAAGAAUCUAAGUGUGGCGGUGAUGGAAGCUCACGCAAUGGGCAUAGAGGUGUUUGUAAUUGGAAUUGUUAGUACCAGUGAUCCUUUAUACUCUGCCUUUAAGAGCGAAAUGAACCUAAUUGCAUCUGACCCUGAUGAGGAACAUGUUUAUCUAAUUAAUGACUUUAUGACUCUUCCAAUACUUGAAAGUAAACUGUUCCGUAAAAUCUGUGAGCUUGAGAACAACGCACUGUUCAGUUCAAUUCCUAGCUCCGUACUACCCCCUGGUGUGUCACCAGCUUUUGAAGUAAAUCAUCAGACACCAGGCCGUGACAGCAUACACAUCGAAGAUGAACAUGAAGUUAAAACAAUAGAACGUGGUCCUCCGGGAGGAAAUGGAAAUAAAAUAGAAUCACAUGCUGAGGAUGUAUUUUCAAGGCCGCACGAAACACUUCCCCUGCCAGGUUUACCGAGUCCUGAUGUAGGAUCUGGACCUGAUGAUCAAGGAAUAAGGAGAGAGCCAAGUUCUUUUGAAGAUGACACUGGAGUGGCAAACGUCUUUCUCCCAGAACCCACUCCAGCACAAAUACUGACAGAGGAAGUUCAUGGAGAUCAGGCCUGCAAUGAAUCCCUUGAUCAAGGAUCAUGUAGGAGUUACGUUAUUAAAUGGUAUUAUGAUACCGCAGCUAAUUCCUGUGCACAAUUUUGGUAUGGAGGCUGCGAGGGGAAUAAUAACCGUUUUAAUAGCCAAGAAGAAUGCCAGGCCAAAUGCUUACAAUUUAAAAAGUCUUCCUACCAUAGACUUCACAUAUCCUCCUACCAUUACCUGGUGUAAGUAUACAUAUCAUGGGUACCUGGAGUUGACGUUUAAAAGACAAACCCAAGAUGUAUCUGGGCUGGAAGGCAGCAAAGACAAUGAUCUUAAUGAAUUGAGGAAGAAUCAGCACAUCACAAACUCGGGUAGAACAAAUUCAGCUGACAUUGCUAAGAGUUGGACUAUCAUGUCAUUUCAUCAAACCGUUUAACCUCAUGAAGAAAAGUAAAUUGAGCACAAGUUCAAAAUGCUUAAGUCAAGUUGUGUUCAAUGUUAUGUGAUUCAGACAACUUGCCUUCCUUUGCAUGACGCUCUUGUUGUCUUAGUUGUUCAGUUUCAAGUUUGUUCUGCUUUGUUUUCCUCCAUCCUUUUAACCUUCAAUCUUCAGCAGGAUUAAUACUUCUCAAGUUUUUGUUAAGUUUUCCUGAAUACAAUGUUCAUGUUUUUAAUCUGAGAGUUUAUCCAUAUUAUUAAAUGAAAAGGUGAUUUCGUCUUA